GCCCUGUGCUUUAACGUUUUAUGCGAUCGAAUUUGCACUUGCGCCUGACAGAACCACUCGAUAUCUCCAACUCUAAACUCUGCCUGGCGCAAAGUCACACUUUCCUUCUGCGAAGAUAAAAGGACGAGCCCCACCUGGUACCAGUCCCGAGUUCCUUCCAUUUAGGUCCUCGAAAUCUUCAUCCCCAAGAGCUAGAUUGGACCACUCGUCAAUCACGUCCCACCUACCUGCCUACCUCCCAGGCAACAGGCACGGAUAUACCUACCUACCUACCUACCUACCACUCACCUCUACCGAUCCGUCAGACCCUCCCAUCCUCCCUCUUCCAUCUCGCAGCUCCCAGAUUCUGGACUGCCUUGCCUGCCUCCAUUCUAUCUGAGCCGAAGCAUCUCGCGCCACCGAUAUCCCAACAUGUCUGAACAGGUUGACCUGUCGACAAUCCCUAUCUCGCCUGACGGCGCAAACGGCGGCCCCUCAACGAGCGAUGGCCCGACCGGGGAGCAGACGAUUACGGUUUUCCACAACCCGGAAAACUUCAACGUGAAGCACCCAUUGGCAAACGCAUGGACACUUUGGUUUACCAAGCCGUCUAGCGGCAAGGGUGACAAUUGGAACGACUUGCUGAAGGAGGUCAUCACCUUCGAGUCCGUUGAGGAGUUCUGGGGCGUAUACAACAACAUCGCCCCUGUAUCGGGACUGGCUGUGAAGUCCGACUAUCACCUCUUCAAGAAAGGUGUGCGGCCUGAGUGGGAGGACCCCCAGAACAAGCACGGCGGCAAGUGGUCAUACAGCUUCAAGGAUAAGCGCAACAUCGACAUCGAUGACCUUUGGCUCCACACGAUGCUCGCUGCCAUUGGCGAGACGUUGGAGGAGGAGGAGGACGGUGAAGUCAUGGGUGUCGUCGUAAAUGUGAGGAAGGCGUUCUUCCGUAUCGGCGUGUGGACUCGCACGAUUGGCAAGAACAUCCCCGGCCGUGGAGAUGGCGAUGUAGCAGGUGGCAAGGGUAGGUCUGCUGAGAAGGGCAAGGAGAUCCUUUUGGCCAUCGGCCGCCGCUUCAAGGAGGUGCUCAAGCUUCAACCGGCAGAGCUCCUCGAGUUCUCGGGUCACACGGACAGCGCCCACAGCGGAAGCACCCGGGCAAAGGCCAAGCUCACGGUCUAGAGUUACGUGGCUCGUCAUUACAUUUGACACACCCGCCUCCCAGCCGGGCUAUCUCCUGCACAUAUCCCGGCUUGCUGAGCAUACACUAAAUAUCCCGUUGAGGUUGGGGCGGUCGCUUGAUAUCGCGAAUAUGAACCGCCAUAGGCGGAGAAGAAUUGCAUUUCGGUCUCGGAGGCCUCGGGAAAACUUGGGCUUGGGAAAGGGCUCCUCGAUGAUAUCUCAUGGGGAGGAGGUGAGAAAGGCUGCACGGCGUUGCUUGAGUUGGGCAUCAUUAGCUUAGCUUAGAUUUCAGCGUCUAAUAUGGAUUUGAUUACCCCAUGGCAUUGAAGUCUGA